AUGAGGUCAAGGAUAGAGAACGUGAAUGCCGUUACAACCAAGAGUGGGAGAGUGUUGAAUCCAGUUGCACCACAAGGGAAAAGUCCCGAACUAGCCAUUGAUCUYGAAGAGACUGAGCCUGAAGAGAUGAUUCCUUCAAUGAAGAGAUAUGUGAAAGGCUUGGUGACAAGUAAAGUCUCUGGAGAAGAUGAUUUCGUGAAGGUCUCAAGGGAUUGUAGUGCUCCAGUCAAUGAGGAAGAUGGUUGCUUAUACGAGUUUGGAUGGAGCUGUAAAGAGUCCUCUAGUAGCAGCUUUUCCUGCGCCAUUUGCUAA